AAUCAACUACUUCAGGCAAAAACACACCCGUUCAACAUUCUUGUGGCGUCUGAAAACUAUAAGAGAGGUCAUGGGAAGCGUAGCAAACUGAAAUGGGAUCCGGACAGAGACAUUGUUCAAGCCCUGGACCUCGCCUUCAGCAAAAGUAUUUCAACUGUGGAGCCCACAGGCAAGCGGUUUCUGGUGGCAGUGGAUGUAAGUUCUUCUCUGAGCAGCGUGACUCACGGCAGCUCCAUCAGCACUGUAGCAGUGGCAGCGGCCAUGUGUUUAGUGAUUGCACAGACGGAGCCAGACGCACAGAUUGUGGUUUUCUCUGAAGGAAGCGUUCGUCCCUGCGCUGUCUCUUCUGAUAUGACAUUUAUGCAGGUAGCAGCACAUCUCAUCCAGACACCCGGUGGUAGCACAGACUGUGCCUUACCCAUCACCUGGGCCUCAGAGAAUGAUAAAUCUGUGGACGUCUUCAUCAUUUUCACUAAUAAUCAAACGUUUGGGAGGGAAAAUCCAGCAGACACACUGAAGACGUAUAGACAAAAAAUCGGUUUAUUUUCCAAACUGAUUGUGUGCGGAUUGAUUGCCAACUCCCUGUCCGUCGCUGACCCUGAAGACCGCGGCAUGCUGGACAUCUGCGGCUUUGACUCGCAAGCAGUUGAUGUCAUCCGUAACUUCGCACUCGAUGUCAUUUAAAAGCUGUUUGUUUUGUAGCAUGCAGUCGGUUUUCUGAAAGGACAAUGAGACAUGGAUGCAACCCGCAUCAACAUGCAAAAAAAUGUUCUACAUUUUAAUUUGGAAAUCAUGUUUUUGAAGUUUGGAAUGGAGUCCAAAUCUAAUUGAAUAACCAGCAGGGUGGAGUAGUUGCAGUGAAAAUCACGGAGAGCAAAUUCACAAAAUGACGAUUAUGUUUACUGAUAUUCAUUAACCUGGUCCAGUGAAAUAAUGCUCAUUUCUGAGCAGAGCAUAGCUGAAGUACAUGUUGUUGUGUCU